AUGUUCCUGGCCCCACACACACCAGGGGGCACACUCUAGACUUUGUUUUUACCCUGAGUCUAAAUGCUGACAGUGUUUGUCCUGAGGACGUUUAUAUUUCAGAUCACCAUUGCAUUUUCUUUAACUUGUCAGUUUCUGCGUCCCCACCUCCUGCUCGCCGUAUGGUUAGUUCUCGUUUUCUUAAUGAGAGCACAGCUAGAAAUUUUUCUGCUGCUUUUGAUCCACCCUGUUCUUCUGAUAACGACCCAGAUUCCUUAACUUCUCAGUUCAACGAGCACUGCCUCUCCAUUCUGGACAACAUCUGUCCUGUCAGAACCAGAUCAGUUCCUGCAGUGAACCCUACUCCCUGGUUUAAUGACAGCCUUCGCAGCCUAAAGCACCAAUGCAGAAAAAUUGAGCGCUUGUGGAAGAAAACCCAUCUCCACGUCCAUCUGCUGCACCUAAAGGAUCUUCUGACAUCCUUUAACUCUGCAGUCAGAGACGCGAGGAUUUCCUAUUUUUCCAACCUGGUGUCCCAGAGCAAAGGGAACCCCAAGGUGCUGUUUAAGACCAUCAGCAGCAUCGUCUCUCCUGCCUCUCCUAUAGCCUCCAUCUACUCUGUUGCAGACUGUGAGAACUUUCUGUCUUUCUUUGUGGACAAAGUCAAUAAGGUUAGAUCUAGCAUCUCUCCUUCAGCCUUAUCGCUGCCUCUCCCGACUCCAGCCAGGCCCGUCAUCCUAGAUAGCUUUGCUCAUGUUUCUUUGCCUGAGUUAACCAAACUAGUUAACUCUAUGAAGACCUCUGCAUGCCCCCUCGACAUCUUACCCUCUUCUUUGUUUAAAAGUGCUUUUCUGUCCAUCGGUCCCAGCUCCCCAAUCUCGGCCUUGAAGGCUGAAAAUUUUCAAACUCCCCUGGAUAACUGGAUGCAGAGAGUUGCUUCGCCCCUUACUCCCCAUUCUUCACAUGGACCUGUGAUCUCCUUAGAUCUUGCCAUGAAGUGGCUGCAUGUCCACAACCUGCCUGUUCCUGUGUUUGUUUUGUAUGACUGCUCUUGGAAAGGUUGA